AUGACCAGUUCCACAGAGUCCUCCGUGACAUCUUCUUCUUCCCCCUCUCUGUCUUCUCUCUCCUCUUCUAAUAUCAAACACAAUGUUCCCAUUGUUCUUGACAUGAAAAACGUUCAAUACUCUACGUGGGCGGAGUUGUUCAAAAUCCAUGCACGUUCCAAUCGUGUGAUCCAUCAUCUUAUUCCCGAUUCCAAAACCAAAGCUCCGGUGACUGAUGAUGAAAAGGAGGCUUGGUCUAUCAUUGAUGCCACCGUCUUGAAGUGGAUUUAUGGCACUAUUUCGGUUGAUCUUCUCAACACUAUUCUUGAGCCGGAUCCUACUGCUCAAGAAGCCUGGGAACGUUUACGGGAUAUUUUCUUGGAUAAUAAAUCCUCUCGUGCGGUCACCUUGGAACAAGAAUUCUCCAAUACUCACAUGGAGGAUUUUUCGAAUGCUUCGGCAUAG